AAGAGCUCUGCAAUGGCAAGUGUUGCUGCAGCACCACAACCUAAAGAAGUCUCCUUGCCCGACACUGAAAUGCCAAGCACAAGCACUGGCAAAAGAGCCACUGGGAAAAAAUGCACACAGAAAACAAGCACUGGGAAGAAAAGCUCUGCAGAAACCAGCACAGGGAGAAAAAGCUCAGACCAGCCACAACUGAUAUCCUCACUAACAAGUAUUUACCUCGCCGAUCUCAAGGGCAUUGUGAGUGAGGAGAACCCUAUGAAGAAAUACACUUUACAGCAGCAAAUUGGCCAAGGGUCUUGUGGAAGAGUUUUCCGAGGAGUUGACAUUGCCACAGGAGGACAGGUGGCCAUCAAGAAGAUUUUUCUCCGCGACAGAAAGAACAAAAGGGAGCUUGUUUUAACUGAGGUUGCAGUCCUGAAGAGAAUGAGGCACCCCAAUAUCAUUCACUAUAUAGACAGCUACCUUUUCAAUGAAGAACUCUGGCUGGUGACGGAAUAUGUGGAGGGAUGCACCUUAGGCGAUGUCAUUUCCAUACAAGCUCUUGAGGAAGAGAUGAUAGCCUCUAUCAGUCGGGAGGUAAGGGAUGCUGCCCUUGCUUCUGACAGCUUGGACAGGAUGGUUCUUUGCAAAAGGUGGUAAGAACAGGAGUGAUUUCCUGUUCAGAGCUUUGUUUCUGCGUUGCUGUUAUGAUGUGGAGAAGAAAAGAGCAUCCAAGUGAACGGCCUGC